AUGAAGCUCACAAUCACAGCGUUCUUGAUAUUCGCCAUGUUGGCCGCGUUCGCCGCCGCCCGUCCCGAAUACAAAGACAUCGACUAUAAGCUAUUCGAUGAUGAUCCAGGCGUCGUCAUCGAUCGCAUCUACGGCAACGAGCCGAAGCCGGAGAAGCACCAACACCAUCAUCAUCAUCAUCACAAGAAGACGAAUCGUCUCGAGCGUCUCAAACGAUUCCUGAAGCUCUAG